AUGUCCGCCCGACCACGCAAUCUUCCACUUCAUGCCAAUGCGGAAAACUGCACUGGCCGUACCUUCAUUGUGACGGGUGCGAAUUCCGGCUUGGGCUAUGAGGUGACCAAGCACCUCGUGAGGGCCGGGGCUUCCAAAGUCAUCAUGGCUGUGCGCAACACCGAUUCUGGCAAGGCUGCCAAGAGCCAGAUCGAGGCCGAGCUCGGCCACGAAGAUAUUCCCGCUGAAGUCUGGCCGAUUGACCUUGCGAGCUAUUCUUCAGUUAAAGCGUUCGCGAAGAGGGCUACCGACGAGCUGAGCCGCAUAGACGCUUUGAUUGAGAAUGCUGGCGUCUUUGACUUCAAGCGCAUCAUGGUCGAGGGCCACCUCUCGACGGUCACAGUCAAUAUCAUCAGUCCCUUUCUUCUUGCCGUACUUCUUCUUCCGAAGCUGAAGGAGACCGCAGAGAAAUCUGCCUUACCCCCUCAUAUCGUGUUCGUCGGGAGUAGUUACGGCUUCAAGAAUGAGGAAGAAUGGAACUUGAUCAAAGACGAUCCACUUGCAAACAUGGAUGCCAAUGGACUUGCCGAGGUGCCUGUCGAUACUCACCAGACUUACUCGCUGACUAAACUCGUCGUCAUCAUGGGGGCACGUCAACUCGCCCAAAGGUUCCCCGUCUCGAGUACCGGAGUUGUGAUCAAUGCAGUCGCCCCAGGGCUCUGCAUGACCAACUUGGCUCGUAAUGGACCCCCCGAGUUCCAAAAGGAGAUGGCUAAAAGGGUAGAAAUGUACGGGCGGACCGCGGAGCAGGGCAGUAGGACGCUCCUACACGCGGUGUUUGCUGGUAGAGACAGCCACGGUCGGUUUCUUGACUCUUGCCAAAUUGCAGAUGAUAGAUUGCCUGACUGGAUGACAAACGCAGAGGGUCAAGCCUCUGAAAGUAACACUUGGAAUGCCGUUGUCUCAGAGCUCCAGAUCGCAGAGCCUGGCAUGAUGGAAAAUGUGUUGAAAGCCUAG